UAUAUAUAUCUUUACUUUGAAACAGCAAUUUCAUGAGUGUUUCGACUGGCCCAGACUACACUACUACUUUCUUUGAAGGAAAUGGGCCCAUAAAGACAAGUUUGGUCAUCUUUUCUUUCUUGUCUGAUUUACUUUCUGCCACUGACGGGGAUGGACUUGCUGUGAUGCAGCAUGAAUGUCUGAUCUGUUGGAUCCAUUUAUUCUUGCAUAAGCAUUUUUUGAUUGUGUGAAAAAAAAACAAACAAUAAAACUUUUUUUUUUUAAGUUAAGCUGCAGUUUGUUGUGAGGAGUCAGUGAGUGGUGUUUUCUGUCUCUGUGUCUAAUGUCUGUAGUAUCUGCAGGUGUUGAGUAAAUAAAGCCUGUGACACAGUUCAACGAGCGUGUGUUCGUGCUUUCAUCAGACAUGUCUUCAUUGGUUGUAAUCAGCUUCCAGUGAAGGUGGCGCGCCAGCCUGUUGCUUGAACUGUCACAUACAUCCGUAGUUUAGUAGUUAAGACCGGAACUGUGUUUCCAUAAUGUAAUAGUGAAAUCCUCCACGGUUUCCCAUCAGAGCACAGCCCUCCGUCACAUGCUUCAAUGUUGGUUUUCACCCAGGAUGAAGGGGGCCAGGCCAAACACAAGUGGACGCUGAGAAGAAUAACGCCCAGAUCCACGAACGGUGGCAGAACAACUCCUUUUCCCAAAGGAAUGACUUUUGCCGUUUUUGUGCCGUUUUGUAGCGCUAUGAAGUAAAACUCCGCCAUAUUCACCCCACCACGCCCGGAGCUCAGCUACCAGGGAGUAAUGAUUCUGAGCUCCUUGGGGGCUUGCUGCCUUAGCCCAGGGGCCAAGGAGGCUCGAAGGAUCAAUGGGGAGAUUGAGAGGCAGCUCCGCCGGGACGAGAAAGACUCCCGACGGGAAUUCAAGCUGCUUCUGUUGGGAACUGGUGAAAGUGGGAAGAGCACUUUCAUCAAGCAGAUGAGGAUUAUCCAUGGCCGUGGAUACUCUGAAGAGGACAGGAGAGGUUUCACAAGGCUGGUCUACCAGAAUAUCCUCACAGCCAUGCAGGCCAUGAUCCAGGCCAUGAACACAUUACAAAUCCCCUACAAGUAUGAACACAACCAGGCCAACGCCAGUAUCAUCAGUGGGGUUGAUGUGGACAAGGUGACAACAUUAACAAGCCUAUAUGUGGAUGCAGUCAAGAGCCUGUGGAGUGACCCAGGGAUUCAGGAAUGUUACAGUCGGAAGAGGGAAUACCAGCUCUCAGACUCGACCAAAUACUAUCUGAAUGACUUGGAUCGAAUUGCUGAUGCUGCUUAUCUGCCAACCCAGCAGGAUGUUCUGAGGGUCCGAGUGCCCACAACAGGUAUUAUAGAGUACCAUUUUGACCUGGAGAAGGUGGUGUUCAGGAUGGUGGAUGUGGGUGGCCAGCGUUCAGAGCGGAGGAAGUGGAUUCACUGUUUUGAGAAAGUCACUUCCAUCAUGUUCCUGGUGGCGCUCAGCGAGUAUGAUCAGGUCCUGGUUGAGUCGACCAGUGAGAAUCGAAUGGAAGAAAGCAUGGCCUUGUUUCGAACAAUCAUAACCUACAAGUGGUUCAGAGAUUCCUCAGUCAUCUUGUUCCUCAACAAAAUUGAUUUACUGGAGGAGAAAAUCAUGUAUUCACAUUUGGUCGACUACUUCCCUGAAUAUCAUGGUCCCCAGCAGGAUGUCACAGCAGGAAAGAAAUUCAUCUUAGAUAUGUUUCUCAGUCUCAAUCCUAACGAGAAGAAAAGGAUAUACUCCCACUUCACCUGUGCUACAGACACAGACAAUAUUCGAUUCGUCUUCCGCGCGGUGAAGGACCACAUCUUGUUUGAAAACCUGGAGAUCUACAACUUGGUUUAAGAUAGUGCUGUUGCUGGUGUGAUUCAAUCGGCUCUGUGCAGCUGGCAGCCAGGAGAGCUCUGCAGUAAUUCAGUUUGCCUUACACUGCUACUAAGCACUGUCAUUCAAAACAGGAAAUUGAGAAGCUACAGAGCCAAAAUGACCAUGUACUACUGAUGUAUUUAAUUUUUCCUGUUGGGCUCUUUGAAAAUGGAUGUCUCCAGCUACUUCCUGACAAUUAAAGUGCUGCCUUAGUGUGGAGUCUGUGCAUGCAGAAAUUUAUGGAGCUUGUUGUGAACAUUUUUCUUCGGUAACGGUGUAAAUGCACAUGGAUAGCUAGAGAUGGAAAGCAGUGUUUUUGUGGCCUCAAAAGCCUCCGAGGACUAGUAAGGUACUAUGGUAGGUUUCUCCUUCAGAGAAUCUGUGGAAGACUUGCUACAUGCAGCACCUCACAUCACUAACCCAGGUUGGUCCCAGUUGUUUUUUUUUUUUUUAAAGUUAAAAACUCUUUUAAAUACUCUAAACAUGCUCAGCUUGUCUUGAUUUAAUGGGAAACAAGUCAUAAUUAACACUAAUACAUUUAUCACAGAUAAACACUGGUUCUCUUGUAUCAUUGGCUCUUCUGCUGAUCUUCUCUCUCUGUGGUCACUGUCACUUAUAUUUGUACACUUUGUCUGUGAUGGUGUUGUUCACUGUUAAACCACUUUGUGCAAGCUCAGCAUUAGCAUUUUCUUAAACAGGUAACAUGUUUCGUAGGGACAUUUGCAUAUCCUUUUUUAAGUCAUGCCAUAGCUUGUAGAAUACUGUUCAUUCGAUUCAUGUACAUCGGGUUGUUUUCUAAAAAUCAUUUGCUAAAAUGGUCUCUGAUCUUGCCUCGUUAUUUAUCUGAAUGCAUAUUGUAAAUAUUGCAUGGUAGCAUGGUAAUUUGCUAGGUUCUUUUCACCCGUGUUGAAAGGCUAAGCGAGAUAGAACUGUUUAAAUCAUCUCUGGGGGGCAUUUAAAUAGUGUGUACUUGAUCUAUUUUAUAGAUUGAUGUACUACUUAAGGAUAGCAAAUGCAUGGAUUAAAAAAACAAACAGCUGAUCUCAGCACUUAUGUUUACAAAACUCUUGUUAAUGAUUUGUUUAGUUCAAUGUAUGCUUAGAUGUCAAUGUGAUAUCUUAAUGCAGUCUUAGUAUUUUUAAUCGGAUUGGUUAAAUAAAUGGCCAUUUUGCUA